CCGGCGAAACCAAUGAUACAGUGGCAUCAAACUUCAAGAAAUUUAUUAAGCAGAGAUUCGGAAUGACUCCCGCUCAGCUAACCGGAUUGACCGUCAGCUCUCGACAUAUGCAUAGCCACAUCUGACAUUCGAGAUACUCCUUCGAGAACAGAACAUUAGAAAGACAGUGGUUUAUAUGGACCUUCUAUUUCCUCCAGCCGCAACUCGAAAGAAGCUAGACAAUGAAGAAGCACUAACCAGAACCGUUGCCCUGAUGAAACUAACUGCUCUUCCGUUGCUGCAUGGAACACACCCGUUGCUGAGAAAGGAACGUUUCCAUGGACGAGGAUACAACUCACAAGCCAAUCUACAAUAGAGCUUCUGCUCGCUCAGAGCCUUCCACAAUGAUUUCACAGAGAUCGAUUGACAAUCAGAUGCUGUUACCACCCGGCUCGUACAUCCCAAAUGCUAUGUCAUUGCAGAUGCAGCCGCACCUUUUUCCAGCGGCAGCCUUCCACGAGGCUCCUCUGUCAGCCGUCCAUGGGAUGCCUGGAAACCUGGGAUAUGCACUCAACCAACCCCACAGCAGAAACCCAGGGAUGGAGACCGUCUUCUUCCAGCAGGGGCCCUAUACGCCCUCAUUCUUGAGCCAACACCUGACAUCAUCCAGCCAGCCCAGUUUACCACUGUUAUCACAUCCACUAGCAAACACAUCUAAUCAAGCUUACUCUGUGCGCCCGGGGAGUUGGUCCACGCAGACAGCAACCCAGUUCCAGGCACAUACACCGACCCCAGAACCACACACAACAGCGGACUAUCACCUCACAUCGCCCCAUCAGCACCAGCCAGCACUACCUCAACAGCAACUCACCCCCAUCUCCACUUCAACGGGCGACUUCGACCUCGACCUCGAUCUCGAUCUCGACCUGGACUUCGACCUCGAUGAGCCCCCAUCACAACCCCCAACACAGCCCCACCACUUCGCAGAUGAGAACGCCACCGCUGCGAUUCCAUGCUCCUCUUCAUCAUCGCCACCACGCUCCCAAUACUCUCACAAUCACCACCACGUUCAGCGAGAUUUGACGAACUAUGGUGUCCCCAACCCGGACGGAACAUGGCGCUGUGCCUACCCAGGGUGCUCUUCACAAGCCCUCUUCCGUCGUGGCUGCGACCUCCGCAAACACUACAACCGACACCGCAAGCACCUGUUCUGCCGCUACGAGGGUUGUCCACAGGCCGUGCGGGGUGGAUUUUCCAGCAAGAAGGACCGAGAUCGACACGAAGCGAAACAUAACCCCGAGAUCCCAUGUGAAUGGGAAGGGUGUCGUCGGGUUUUCAGCCGAAUGGAUAACAUGAAGGAUCAUGUGAGAAGGAUCCAUAAGAGGCGAGACAUUUGAAAGAAUCCUCUCUCCCUAUGUCUCCUGUUUCUUUUGCAGUCGUCAUACUUGACGAAGGGGGCGGGGCAGUUUCCCCUUUCGCUCCAACUCCCGGAACAAAAUGCACUUUCUCGCCCCCCAGGGGAUAAACACUUUUCAGAAGGGGAAAGGGGAGGGGUCCGAAUAUGCUGCAAUGGAGCCAGUCAGCGACGUACAAACAUGAUUACAUACAAAGUAUGUAGUGAGGGUGUGUACCCCCAGCUGACGAAAAGUGGAACGCUUUCUUUUCAGCCUCAUCCCGUGACCAUGACUGAAGGGGAAGGAAGACG